ACAACGAUAUUGAGAAAAUUAAACAGAUAAGUAUACUCAUUCUAGAAAAACAAUAUUCAGCUAAUAUCAAUGCUUCCUGUGAAAUAAACUCUGAGAGUAACUUUAAACAAAUAAACUCACAAUAUGAUAAUACUUCUAUAUCUGAUAUAACUGAUAAUACUUCAAAUUCUGAUGAACCUGAUAUGACUCAAUGCUCUGUAUCAAUUUGCAUAAAAACUAAAUCUUCAAAAGAUAAAGAGAUCAAAAAAUUUUUAGAUCGAGUGUAUAAAGAAAACAAUGAUUCUUCCAUUAAAUAUCAAGAAAUGAUCAGUAUUACAAAUUGUAAUGCAUAUGUAACUAAACCAUCUAGCUUAAAAGACAUAUUAAAUAUUAAGGCAAGUAUAUCUAAUGAAUCAUCCCAUACUCCUAGCUUAGAAGAUAUAAUAAGUGAGGAUAACAAAUCUUUACUGAAGACUAAGGUAAAUACUCCAGCUAAUCCAACUUAUGACCAAUCCUAUUUUCGCAACAAAAUAAACAACAAUUAUUAUGGAAUUACUGAUGAAUCUUUAUGCCUGCUAUGCAAGUUAGAUCAUGAUAAUGAUAAUGGUAUAGAAGACAGAUAUGAAGUUGGAUCCUACUAUAUUAAAUGUGAACAGU